AUGCUUCAUCAUGCCAAACUGGACAAGUGUUCGUGGGCUGAAGCAGCGAUGACGGUCAUCUACGUCAAGAAUCGACUGCCGUCACCUAAAGAUGUACACAAGACCCCGUUUGAGAUUGUCUACAACUCGAAACCAAGCGUCGAGCACAUGCGAGCAUUCGGGUGUCAGACGUACAUACUGACGCCUAAAGAGAAUCGACUCAAGUGGGAUCCAAAGGCUGGCGCUGGCAUGCUCGUGGGCUACGAAGAAGUGUCGAAGGCGUAUCAAGUUUAUGACGUCGAGGCGGGGAAGAUGGUCGUCAGUCGUGAUGUCAACUUCGACGAAUCCACCUUUGGACUUCCACCACCGAUCACUGAUGAAGUUGCCGAUGACCUGGACUUCAAAUUACUCAAUGAUGAAGAGCCGCGUCAGGUAGAGUACAAGCAAACAGGCAAGCGCAAGAGCCGCCUCGAUGAUGAAGAUGCAGCUGCUCAACGACUGCGUGCAUUGAGUCAACGGCCUGGACUAGUAGAGUCAAGCACGCCGGACAGCAACUCGUCAUGCUUAGAAGAAGACGCAGAAACGAAGGAUUCUGUUGAAUCAACUCCGCCUGUGUUUUGGCGUGCGAGUGCGAAUGCCGUAGAAACAGCAGCGGGUUUAUUGGAGUCUUCAACAUUUGAGGCAGCAGUGAGAAAUCCCUGA